AUGUUUUGCAACGAGGGCGCCAGGUAUUUCUGGGAGACAUCAACACCGAGGGCGGCGAACGCACCGCAGCGCAACUCCGGGCGGCCGGCGGCGACGCGACCUUCGUCAAGCUUGACGUUACGAAUGAACAGGAUUGGAUUGACGCAGUGGCUGCCACCGUGUCGGCUUACGGCAAGCUCAACGUGCUGGUCAACAACGCCGGAACCAGUGCCAGAUCCACAGUCGAAGAGACUACCGAAGAGGCCUGGGACGGCCAGAGCGACGUGCACGCGAAAAGCACGUUCCUGGGCACCAAGCACGCCAUCCCCGAAAUGCUCAAGGAAGGCAGCGGCUCCAAUAAUCAACAUCUCGUCGAUUUACGGCAUUGUUGGCAGUCCCACCUCCACGGCUUAUCACGCCGCCAAGGGCGCAAUUCGGCUGUUCACCAAGUCAGCGGCACUUCAGUACGCCGCCGACAACAUCAGGAUCAAUUCAAUCCACCCCGGUUAUUGCCACACUCCCCUGACCACUCGGAGUUAUGAUAACGAACGGCAUUUCGCAUGGAUUCAGGAGCGCAUACCCAUCGGUCGAGCAACGCCAUGA